AUGAACGCCCUCGACUUCUCAGGUUAUAAGCUCGACUUCAGGCCAUUGGGACAACGCACUCACCUACUGUGCGUGCUCGUCACCAAGUCCCGAAUGCGCGACAUCGAAUUCAUUAUAGAUGCAGCAAAUGAAAAACGACGGAUCCCAGACCAGCAACCUGAAGUCUACAGACCAUCACUAGCCACUUCCCAACCCGUCUCCUACAGUCAGUCUUGGACGUUUCGCUAUGAGAUACGCGCCUCUUCACCGCGCGCGGUGCUCGUAGUUUAUAAGGACUGCGCUUCCCUUCUACCCUGCCACAACAGAAUCCGAUACCGCCGCAAACGUUUCCUGCUUGACGAGGAAUGGAUUGUUCCAAACCUACUUUCUCGUGGCGCGUGCGUCUGUGCUGGAUGCGAUGACCUCGUUGCAUUUCGUGAAAGGGAUUAUGAUGUCGAUGCGUGGGUGAGACAUCGCGAUAGAUGUAGUGGCAUAGAGAAGCGCAUGAUGGCUGCCGUAGUCAAGGAUCUGAAUGUUCCUCGAUCUCCUGGAGAACGAGGUCCUGGGGAGAUUAAAGGUACAUCGUUAAGGGCCGUUCGGGACUUUGAGGACGAUGAACAAUGGGAGCCGUUUGGGGGUGGAUCGUCAGACGAAGGUGCCGAUGAUGAGAAUGAUGAGAACGAGCACGAGCACGAGGAAUAUGAGGACGAGGAGGAUGAGGAGGAUGAGGAUGAGGAGGAUGAGGAUGAGGAUGAGGACGAGGGUGACGAGGGUGAGCACGAUGAAGAGGACGAUAACGACGAAGACCAGGAUUGUCGAGAUGGGUGUCCCGGGGCUGAUUCCUCGCGUGAGGGCCCGUUUGUAGUGGUGAUUCAAACACGAUCGUUCCUGGGGGGUUCCCUUUUUUCUAUUAUGUGCCCUUGCUUAUCUGACUCUUAG